GCUUUGGAAUUGUGAAUCGCAAGUGUGGCUGGGUGCAAUGAAACAUUGGAAGAACUUUGUGAACAGUGUUGAGCAAUGACCGAUUACGAACCGAACCAAACCAUUCUAAUCUAAUCUCUGUUUCUCUCUCUAAACGUUAACCAGAGUGGAGUCGGUGCAUGGACACACCAAACACAACCAAAAUCGCCAUCGUUGUAACGCUAUGAGUAGCACAAGCACUAGCACUAGUCUCUCUCUGAUUCCACCUCAAGAUGCUUGGAUUCACACGUGCCACAAAUUGUUCCCUCGCUGGGAAUCUCUUUCCCUCUCUCAACAGUCAACUAUCCCAAUUUCUAUAUCCCGAGUUAACCAAGUUGAUGCAGCAAGACUGGAUGUUGAAAUGUCUGCUAUGUUGAAAGAACAGUUGGUUAAAGUGUUCUCAUUAAUGAAGCCAGGAAUGUUAUUUCAGUAUGAAGCGGAGCUUGAUGCUUUCCUUGAGUUUCUUAUUUGGCGGUUCUCAAUUUGGGUGGAUAAGCCAACACCAGGCAUUGCCCUCAUGAACCUGAGGUACAGAGAUGAGCGUGCAGUAGAAUCAAGAGAUAAAGUCAGAACUGGUCUGGAGGGACCUGGACUCACUGUUGCUCAGAAGAUUUGGUAUUGUGUUGCCACUGUUGGUGGUCAGUAUAUAUGGGCUCGCUUACAAUCUUUCUCUGCUUUUCGCAGAUGGGGUGAUACAGAGCAGAGACCAUUAGCCCGACGUUUAUGGAUCUUGAUACAACGGAUAGAAGGACUUUAUAGAGCUGCUUCAUUUGGAAACCUGUUGAUAUUUCUUUGCACAGGAAGAUAUCGAAAUCUUAUUGAAAGAGGCUUACGAGCUAGGCUUGUAUAUGGGAGCCCAAAUAUGAAUCGUGCUGUUAGCUUUGAAUAUAUGAAUCGACAAUUAGUUUGGAAUGAAUUCUCGGAAAUGUUGUUGUUGCUUCUUCCUCUUCUUAAUUCAUCAUCUGUGAAAAAUCUCCUUCGACCUUUUUCUAAGGAUAAAUCGUCGAGUUCAGACGAGGAUGGCACUGUAUGUCCCAUUUGCCAGGCUACUCCAACCAUUCCUUUUGUUGCUCUACCUUGUCAGCACAGAUAUUGUUAUUACUGUCUUCGGACACGAUGUGCUGCUGCUCCAUCAUUUAGGUGUUCCAGGUGCAGUGAGCCAGUUGUUGCCAUGCAACGGCACGGUGGUGCUGCCACAGAAUGAUUGUUACUGAGAGAGAAGGAAACAAUCUUAGUUUAGGGAACAUUUGAUCUUCUUACAGAAUUAGCAUAUAAAAAAUACUGCCUGAAUUGUGGUGGUAUUUUCCCCUUCUAUUUUCUCUUUAUUUGGUAUCCCUCCCUUAUUAUUAUUCACAUUUCACUGGGAAGAACAAAUCAAAUCUCUUCACAGCAUCACUUACUCGAUUGAGUGGGAAGCAUUUUUUCCCUUGUGGCAGCAAUGUAUCAUUCAGUGAAGUCUCAUGCAUUUCUUUCCGUUGUUGAAGUUCAAACUUGUAUGUGUUUGUUUUGGUUGGAUAUCAAAAAUAGCUCUCCUAUAAUCUUAUUAUAAGGGU